CGUUGGGGAGGUGGUAGAAACUUUGCUGUUUUACGGCAAGCGCGCGAGACCUUUCUAUCUGCUUUACGGCAGGAGUUCUGAGGCGAAAGAAGGGCGCGCCGCCGGCUCGAGCGGCGGCGGCCGUGGUGGGGAAGAAAAAAGGGCGGGCUGCUGGGCGUUCUGUGCCUUCCCGCAGCCAGUGUCGGCUUGACCGAAUUCUCUCUCUUUUCCCCCGCCCCCGGUGAAGCCAUGGCUAGUACUAUGAUAGCAGUUGGUCUGACAAUAGCUGCUGCUGGAUAUGCAGGUCGUUAUGCACUACAAGCAAUGAAGUUAAUGGAACCACAAGUAAAGCAAGCUCUUGAGUCACUACCAAAAUCUACCUUCAGUGCUUACUACAGAGGAGGAUUUGAACCCAAAAUGAACAGGCGGGAAGCUGCUCUAAUAUUAGGAGUGAGUCCUACAGCUAAUAAAGCGAAAAUCAGAGAAGCUCACAGACGAAUCAUGCUUUUGAAUCAUCCCGAUAAAGGUGGGUCUCCGUAUGUUGCAGCCAAAAUCAAUGAAGCUAAGGACUUAUUGGAAGGUCAAGCUAAGAAGUGAAAACACAUCACCUGAUCAAUAGCUUUGUUUUAUUUUUAAAAAAUAAGUCAAAGUUGACAAAAGAUGGAAGUUAGUAUGUGCCAUGAGGAACUGUUUGUUCCAGUAUUGGUCAUAUCCUCAUCUUUCUGCUUAUCUUUACAGAACUAAAUCUGUAUCUUCUGGUGAGAGUUAUGAAGAUGGGGGGGAAUAGUGAAUUGAUUCGUAUCUAGAUUUGUGCUUGCAGUCAGCUAUUUUGACAAGCUUUCUAUGAAAAGUUUGGGCUAGUUUGAUUAGUCAGAUCAUGGUGAUGCAAGUUCAUGCGUUUGUGAUUUAGAAUAUCACAAUUAGCAACAUAUCAACAGCCAAAACUGGGUUGUUAAAAAAAUCUGUUUAAGACUUGUGAUGUAGUAUUUUGAAAUAUUUUAUUUACCUGAUAAAGUGGGGGUAGUUGUAUGAAUUGUCCUCCAACAGAACUUCUAUCUGGUAUAUUUUCAGCUUUUUAUAGUUGUCACAGUUUAAAAGCAAUAAAAUUGUUUUAAUAAUCCUACCUCCAUACAACAGAUUGACCAGGGCUUGUUUUGUGAUUGAUCCGUUAAACAGCUGCCAGCCAUGACGGCUGAUUUUGGAACCUCCAGCAUUCCCACAUAGUGUAGCCAUGAAAUCAAGGAUGGGGAGUCUGUGGCCUAUAUGGAUCCUCCUCCCAUCAUCCCUGACCAUUGGUCAUGCUGGCUGGGAUUGAUAGGAGCUGGAGUCCCACAAUAUGGGGGGGGUAUAAGUUUCCCACCCCCAGUUUCAGCAGUCAACAUAUUCUUAGCACCAAGAAAAACCUAAAUCUGUCUUCUGCUGUCUCAAAAUCUGCAUCUUUGAACAUGAAACAUCACUGAAUACUGAAGAAUGGAAUAGAGCAGGAAUAAAGCAGUCAUUGAUUAAAAUAAA